ACUUCCCUCCAAUGGGAGGCUCGCUGUACGUGCAUACGGGGCGAUACGGCGCAACCAGCGACCGCACAGUUUUCAAACACGGCCAAGCGAGCACUUCAGAGGCACCUGCGGAAAGGAUUCGCUUAUUAUUGCGGGAUUCCCCCUCGGAUCCAGGAACCAACUCAUAAUUUAUUACAAGUUCGUUUCCAUCGUGUUUACCCGAGAUGUUACCGUGGAAACAACGCACAUGAGGCUUCCCUUUCCAGGUCCCCGGGCGCUGAGACGUGUUAACUUAUUGGUCAGAUCGGGACCCGGUGCGCGCAGAGGCUGCAGGCUGCACACUACAAUGGUCUGCUUCUCCACGAGCAGCCUGGGGUUGGAGCCGUCUUGGGCCUGCUCGUUAGAUAUGGGGAACAUCGCUUUCACGUUGGCUUUUUAAAAUCACUUUUUGGUGUUGCGAACCGAUCAUGCCUGCGAGGAACAGGUACAAUCUGGUGGACGAUUUGGCCGAUUCGAGGGUACCUCUCCACAACGAGGAGGCAUACCAGCAUGGAAUACACUUCCAAGCCAAGUACGUGGGCAGUCUGGAUGUCCCCAGACCAAACAGCCGCAUGGAGAUCGUGGCGGCGAUGAGGAGAAUCAGAUAUGAGUUCAAGGCCAAGAAUAUCAAGAAGAAGAAAGUGAGCAUCGUGGUGUCUGUGGAUGGGGUCAAAGUGUUGAUGAGGAAAAAGCAGAAGAGGAAGGAGUGGACCUGGGAUGAGGGAAAGAUGCUCAUCAUGCAGGAUCCUAUAUACAGAAUCUUCUAUGUGUCUCAUGAUUCCCAAGACCUGAAGAUCUUCAGCUUCAUCGCCAGAGAUGGCACCAAUAACUGCUUCAGGUGUAACGUCUUCAAGACUAAGAAGAAGGCUCAGGCCAUGCGCAUCGUGCGGACAGUGGGCCAGGCCUUUGAGGUGUGUCACAAGAUCAGCCUGCAGCACGCCGAGCAGGAAGCAGACGGACGGGCGGACGGAGACAGUGACAAGUCCACAGAGGAGGCCUCCAGUGAUGGUCCCAAACCGCCAGGCGCCCAGCAGGACGAGGAAGAGGACGGUGGUAAAGAGGGAGGAAGAGGAGGAGGAGGAGGAGCAGAGCCUUCCUCAGGAGCAGCCCCGUGUGAGCAGGCGGUCAGCGGUGUUCUGCAGAGCCUGGCGGAGCUCAGCGUGGUCCGACCUGGACAGAGCGUCACGGACUUGAAGCAACGGUCCGUGGUCAACUUGGCAACGCCUCAGGCCGCCUCCUCCCAGUUGUCCUCGGCAACCCCGCUGGCCUCCCAGCACUUCCUGCACCUCCUGCAGCAACAGCUGCAGCAGCAGCAGCAGCAGACCCAGGUGGCAGUGGCCCAGGUUCAGCUGCUGAAGGACCAGAUGUCUGCUGAGUCCACGGCCCGCCUGGAGGCCCAGGCCCGGGUCCACCAGCUGCUCCUCCAGAACCGGGACCUGCUGCAGCACCUGGCCCUGCUGGUGCAGCAGCUGAAGGACCUGGAGGGGCGCUCCGCCCCCCAGCCGGGGCUCCUCCCACCAGGGCCGCCCAGUCCUCAGACCCGGCCCCAGACCAACGGACACACCAUCAACGGCUGGGAGUCAUCGUGGAACCUCGUUUCCUCCUCUACCAUGUCGCUGAACCUGAAGAACCGCUACAGUCAGAACCUUGACCCGCCCACCACCUCCACCCCCGCCUGGCCCUCCUCGCAGAACCCCCCUGCCCGCGUGGACUAUGCCGAGUCCUACCUCAACCUGCUCAACCUGGGGAACGGCGCCCAGCCGGCCGCGAGCGGCGCCUUCAUCACCGCGCUGGAGCAGAAGGGCCAAGGAGGGCGCUCUGAGGGGACCGGGGGGCAGGGGGUCCUGUUGACCUCCAGGAACUCCUCCUACCUGGACGAAAAAUUCAAGCACCCUAUCCCCAAGCUGGACCCUCCCCCGCCCGCCUUCAACCGCAAGCGGGCCAGCAGGAUGUUGUCGCCGGGGUCAGAGGUCACCGUGCCCCCCCCCAGCGAGGUCAUCAUCAGCAGCAGCAGCAGCUCCUCCCUGCCCGACGCCAACCCUUCCCCCCUCUCCUCCGCAGACUUCCACACCCUCAGCAACGGCGACAUCACCAACGGCGACCUCCUCUCCAACAACAACAACAUCAACAGCGCGGGCGGUGGCGAGAACGUGUCGUGCUCCGCCAGCGAGGACUCGGGCGUGCGCUCCGAGACCCGCUCGGCACCGCGCUCGCCCGCCCUGCGCGACGUCGACGACGAAGAGAACAACAACGAGGACCCGUUUGAGGACCGCGUGACGUUCCUGACGGCGUCCAGCGGCCGAGACAGCCCCUUCGACGACGCCCCUUCCACCUCCUCCUCCUCGUCAACCUCGUCGCCGGGCUCGAGGUCGGAGCCGGGGUCGUAUCCCGUGGCGACGCGUGCCGGCGACCCCUUCUCUGUGUCGCCGGCAGACGACACGUGCCUGCACAUCAGCUUCUCAGAGGACGAGUUGCUGUAGGGAUAGGAGCUCGCAACCGACCGCCCGUCUUAAAGUCUUUAGUCUUUAGAGUCUUUACGGUCAGACCUCGUCUGAACGCAGAGAAUUCAGUCGCUACCGGUGGGAAGCGCUGGAAGAUGAACGCUUGCCUGUCACUGGGGAAGUGGUCUAGGUACUGCGUUAUUAGCGUGUUAGCAGAUGUAGCGUUUUUAUAGGAUCUGAUUUUACUUUAGUGGUUAGAAUUCUCUGCAGAAUGUAUUUAGCCGAUGUUUGCACUGUUAAAAAUCCUGAGAAUACAAAGCCAGCAAGGGAACACAUUUUAUUUUUGCUAGUUGAAAUAUUUUUGGUAUGAUGCUGUUAUGUAGUAUGAAGUGUUGUUAAAGAAAGAAAAUAAUCAUAAUUCCGCCAAGUAUGUGACUGUUUAAAGAAUCUUAUCUCAGUUAAAAAAUUGAUCAGACCCUCUUGUGUCUAGAGAUUGGGCGGAUCACACAGUGGUCGUAUCGACGGAUACAGACCACGACAAUACAAACACAAAAACCGCUGCACUGUAACAGUCAUCACACUGCCCCCUGCUGUUUGCUGCUGAUGGACGAUGGUAGUCAGUUGUCAUUUUUGGUUCGGCAGACCCUUGAAGCGCCACUUCAGGGUCUGCUCUUAGGGCGCGACCCUCAGACGAAGCCUGACCUCUGGAGCUACACAAGUGAUGGGACAAGGAAGUUGAAAAGAAUGAAAAAGGACGAGUAGAAAGGAGCCGUUUAGUUUGACUGGGUUGGUGUGUUCGUGUCACUCUGUUUGAGGCUGGGGUUGUUGAUUUGUUUCAAGGUUGAGGAUGUUCAAGAAUGUAAGGGUUUUCUAAGUGCAUCUAGGUUUUAUUAUCAUAUUUUAUUGACCCUUAUAGAGCUGAGAACCGCGUGGAAACAACCGAUUUAGCGUCCUUGUCCUCACAUGGGAGGUGUGCCAGUCCCACGCAGCCCUGCCAUCCAGGCCGGGUACAUUGAUUAUCUGGGGGAAAGGACGUCAGGCGGAGGAGGAACCAACAGACUCCAGGUCGGCGAGCAACGUGGGAGAGGAAGUAGAGGCGUUCUGUGCCUGCGUCUGGGGCGGCCUUAAGUGCUGAGCCCUUCCAGUCUCGAUCUCUGUUCGAUUUGAUUUGAUAUAUUUUUAUUACUUUAAAUGCCAAUUUUAAGUCCAGUCGGAGGUUGUGCUGAAGAUCUCUAACUAUAACAACAAGGGGUUUCAGGUCCUUCAGGAUCAAUGUUAUCAAGAGUUGAUAUUUACCCACUAAUGUAGUACUUAGAUGCCAUUUUAAUUAGUCUUCAGACAAGACAUUCUCCAUUAAGCACGCUGGUCUCAUCCUUAUGGAGAGCGCUGUGAGUCUCCUCAUCACUGUUCCAGAGCAGGUUUAUUAGGAUUUAUUUGGCCGUGUGCUAGUAUGUCUUGUAUGUUUCUGAGCACUGGUAUCACCUACAGGAGAUGUGGAGGAGAAAGAAAGUAAAGGAAAGGUUUUAUUUGUCAAGAAGAGGAAAGACACAAGGGGUCCUUAUAAUUUAUUUUAAUCAUCACAUAUCACGUUUAGGGAGAGAGAAGGAUCAAUGAAACUUAGUUGAAUAAAGCUCAAUAAAUGGUCUAAUGGAA